GUAAUCUGACGUUUGCAGCCAGAAUCCAGGAAGUGGGUCGCUCGGUUGUUGUUUGUGUUCGCUGGACGCUAUUCGCCUGUUUUCUGAUUCGACACAUCGCCCACGGGCCGAAAUGGCGACGUUUAUUUCAGUCCCGUUGAAAAAGUCCUCGGAGGUGGAUCUGGUGAAGCCGCUGUCGAAAUUUGUAACGACCACGUACCCGGCGGGCGAGGAGCAGGGCGAGUAUAUCCGCGCCGUGGAGGAGUUGAACAAGCUCCGCAAGAACGCGCUGGGUAGGCCGCUGGACAAGCACGAGAGCUCCCUGGAGAUCCUGCUCAGAUACUAUGACCAACUGUGUGCUGUUGAGCCAAAGUUUCCCUUUUCUGAAAACCAGCUCUGCCUAACCUUCACAUGGAAGGAUGCCUUUGACAAGGGAUCACUGUUCGGUGGCUCAGUCAAGCUCGCUUUGGCCAGUUUGGGCUACGAGAAGACCUGUGUGUUGUUCAAUGCAGCAGCUCUGGCCAGUCAGAUUGCUGCAGAGCAGAACCUGGACAAUGAUGAAGGACUAAAGGCUGCAGCCAAAUACUAUCAGCUGGCCAGUGGUGCAUUUGGACACAUCAAGGACACGGUGCUGUCUGCACUGAACAGGGAGCCCACUAUGGAUAUCUCCCCUGAGACCGUAGGUGCCCUGAGCCUCAUCAUGCUGGCCCAGGCCCAGGAGGUCUUCUUCCUUAAGGCCACUGCAGAUAGGAUGAAGGAUGCUGUCAUUGCAAAGCUGGCCAAUCAGUCAGCAGAUUUCUAUGGCGACGCCUUCAAGCAGUGCCAGUACAAAGACAACCUUCCCAAGUAUUUUUAUUUUCAGGAAGUGCUGCCGGUGCUGGCGGCCAAGCACUGCAUCAUGCAGGCCAACGCCGAGCUGCACCAGAGCAUGCUGGCCAAGCAGAAGAAGCGCUUCGGGGAGGAGAUUGCUCGACUGCAGCAUGCAGCAGAGCUGGUAAAGACUGUGGCAUCCCGUUACGAUGAGUAUGUCAGCGUCAAGGACUUGACCGACAAGAUCAACCGUGCUCUCACCGCUGCCAAAAAAGACAAUGACUUUAUAUACCAUGAUCGUGUGCCUGAAGUCAAGGACCUGGAGUCAAUUGGCAAGGCAGCGCUGGUCAAGGCCACUGCAAUCACACCUCCACUCAGCCAGAAGUUUUCAGAUUUGUUUGAGAAGAUGGUCCCAAUGGCCGUGCAGCAGUCCAUGAGCAUGUACAGCCAGCGGAAGGCCGAGACCGUCAAUAGACUGGUUGGAACGAUGAGGGAGGCCACCAAUCUCUGCAACGGGGUGUUGGCGUCUCUCAACCUGCCAGCUGCUCUGGAGGAUCUUUCCGGAGACUCCAUCCCACAGUCCAUUUCAGAGAAGUCCAGGUCCAUCGUGCAACAGGGAGGACUGCAGAGCAUCGAGCAACUAAUCAGAGACCUGCCUGAGCUUCUGACCCGGAACAGAGAGAUCCUUGAUGAGUCUCUCAAGAUGCUCGACGAUGAAGAGACGACCGACAACGAGCUGAGAGCAAAAUUCAACCAGCGCUGGAACAGAACCCCCUCUGGAGACCUAUACAAACCGCUUCGUGGAGAGGGUGCCAACUUCCGCAGCGUGUUGGACAAAGCCGUUCAGGCUGACCAGGUGGUGAGGGACCGCUACAACGCCCACUGUGAAAUGAUCGCCCUGCUGUGUAAACCGGAGAACGAGCUCAUUGCUGCCAUUCCCUCAGCCAAUCCGGUCAAGACGCUGCAGGGCAGCGAGGUAGUGAAUGUGCUGCGCUCCCAGCUCGCCCAGCUGGACCAGAUGAAGAAGGAGAGGGAGACUCUGGAGGGAGAGAUCAAGGCCGUGACGUUUGACAUGUCCACCUGCUUCCUGACGGCGCUGGCCCAGGACGGCGCCAUCAACGAGGAGCAGCUGUCGCUCUCGCAGCUCGACCAGUUGUACGGCGCGUACAACCAGAGAGUACAGGCCACGCUCCGCACACAGGAGGAGCUGCUGGGACAAGUUCAGACGUCCCACCAGGAGUUCAGCAGUCUGAAGCAGUCCAACACGGAGGCCAACCAGAGGGAGGAGGUCCUGAAGAAGCUGGCCUCGGCCCACGACAGCUACGUCGAGAUCAGCAGCAACCUGCGCGAAGGCACUAAGUUCUACAACGACUUGACAGAAAUCUUGCUGAAGUUCCAGAACAAAUGCAGCGACAUCGUUUUUGCUCGCAAGACGGAGCGGGAUGAACUACUUAAGGACCUGCAGCAGAGCAUUGCUCGGGAGCCCAGUGCUCCAUCCUUCAGCGUCCCCGCCUAUCAGAGCAACCCCGCCGUCCCCGCGGCGCCCGCUGCUGGCCCGACACCUGCCCCCAGAACUGUGUUUGUGCAGCAGCCUCAACAAGCCCCGCAGGGUCCAGCCAAGCCUGAGCCCCCAGCCAGGCCCCCUCCCCCCAGCUUCACACCACAGGCAGCCUCCGGUGCACCCCCCACCGGCCCCCCCACUAGCAACCCGCCACCUGUGGCUCCACCGUCCCAGCCCCAGGGACCACCAUAUCCCACCUAUCAAGGCUACCCCGGGUACUUCCAGGUGCCUAUGGGCUACAACCCUUAUCCCUACGCACAGUACAACAUGCCCUACAUGCCAUACCAGGGGACCCCAGGACAGGCAGGCUACCCAGGAGCGGCUCCUGCUGGACAGCCCUACCCUGGCUACCCUCAGCAGCCCCCACAGCAGCAGCCCUACUACCCUCAGCAAUAAGCCUCCCCUCACUGAAGGAAACACUCCCCCAGCAAUAACACCCCGCCCCCCUUUUUCUCAUGCUAACAGCAGCUAUAGAAACAUAAAUGAUGGGCAACAUUGGAGCUGCUUGGAUUUUUUUGUUUACUUGUUUUCUUUAUCUCCCCCCAUCCCUAUUAUAUUUGAUUCUGACGGCACUUUCCUAAACUAUCUCAACUUUCAUCGAUGCACUAAUUUCCUCCCCUUUCGCCUGUAAUGUUAUUUUUACGUACUCCUUUCUCCUAAUAGUUUGGUUGAUUGUUUAAUUGAAACCCUAACUUUUCUUGAGUACUAACUGACUCAUGGUCUGAGCUGGACUGCUGUACAACACUCAUGGAGGCACACCGAAUCCCAGAGUGGCUCUUCUGGAUUGGAUGUGAGUUUGGGAGGAGUGGAUGUUGGGCCACUGGUUGCAGGACGCAGCCUCAUCCUCACUCCCUCUCCGCACUCAGUCGAACCCCAGUACUUCUGUAUUGACUAUAUUCCUAUUUUUGUAAUGAAUACUGAUGCCUCGCUCAUGUAUAAAAACGAACGGCCUGUAGGUUUUCUAAUGUAGAUGACUGGAGCAUACUGCACUCUUCUGCUCUUUUCUCUUUCGCUAUCGCCCAGGGAAUGUGGGUUUAUUUCUGUGUUACAAUCAGAGGCUGAACAAGAGGGAGAAAUAGAUCUAUUAUAUAAAUAUAUGUAUAAAAAAUGGUUAACCGAGA